AGACUGCUCACACCCAGAAAGAGUUCGGAGCUAAGAAGACCUAAACUCUUUGUGACUAGACGACCCAGGAAUAAACAGCUUGGGAUUAUAUCUAGCAAACAAAUUAUUUUUUUGCGGCAUUUCAUAUGACAACCGAGAUCAAGCUCGACACUUUGACGAUAUGCCAUCUCUGGGGGACUCUCUGCUUUUCUGUAAAUAAAUCAUGAAGUGCUAACCAGUCCUGUGGAGCCAGUUUGAGCGGCUGGUCGAUGAUACGGUACGGCACAGUCACGCUCAGUGUCGCGCCGCCCGGCUGGAUCUGGUCUUUGCGUCUCUGGAGCAGAACCUCGUUGUCGCGCUGGAUGCCGCCCUUCUUCUUUUCUUCUGAUGUGAUAAACCUAGUGAGACACAAACAACAUUUGAAUCUUCUCAUUUUCUUUUCCCACCCCCACUUUGCACAAUUUUACAUGUUGAAUAGUGAUGCUCAUUGAACAAUUUCUUAUAAAUAACAGUGAUUUGAACGAAUGGUUCCACUUGUUAAAAACACAAAAGCACAAUAUACAGCAUCUAGUCUUUUUCUAAAGAGACAAGUUAAAAGAGAGAUUUAAAAUGUUUAAGAAUUCGUGAAUUUUUCACUCCAAUGAAUCACUUCAUAACAUUUAGUUACUGGCAACACAGUAUUGUAUUGUUCAGUGUAAGGCUGACUGAUCCUGCUCUGUGAGAAAGUUUGUGAAAUUGAGAAGGUGACAAGUUCUAUCAUGUUCCUCAAUUUGUUUCCUCAGAUUGAAAACAAAGUGAUUCCCUGAUACUGCUCUGUACUGAUGGUGAAAUUCUUCUUCUUUCUUGUAUUGUUUUUCAGAACCAGCUGCAUAAUAAUCUGACCUUUCCUGAACCAGCCUCAUUUCAGGGCAUCACUGGACAUCAACAAAUUCCACGUGCAUAUGGAAAUGGGAUACCAACACAGGGACCAAGUCCAUUCACAACGUAAACUUCCUUUUGUCUCUGGGAUCAAGACCUAAUCAAAUGCUGCUGACAAGUGGAUUUCAAUGCCUCCCGACUGAGUAAACUCCAGCUAACGGAACUAUGCAGUGGAGACGACGCCACUGCUGUGCACACACAGCUAAACUUUUGUAUCUCCUUUCACUGUUGGGUGUACUGGUCUUUCUGGUCCACCAGGUGUGGCUGCCUAGGCUUACGGGUAUGCCAUGGUGGAGAGGCCAUCCAGUGGUGUACGGAAGUGGUGGACUUCAAAACACCAAAACCAAACUGAAUAUGAGCUCCCAACAUUCAAUUUGGAGGUUUGACAUCGUUCCUCAGCAGACUUUGAAGGCUGACGACAACAUCAGCCUCCAUGAGAAGGAAGGCGUCUUUUCUUCUCGAGGCCCAAGUUCUGAGAACACCCUGGCAGCUAACACAACCCAAAGUGGAGAGGGAGAUCUUAGAGGACUGAUAACUCACGGGCCUUUCUCUUAUGUUAUCAAUGAGCAAGACAAAUGUGUAGAGAACAGACCCGCCCCCUUUCUGGUGUUACUGAUAGCCACUGAGGCUCGGAAGGUGGAGGCAAGGAACGCUAUACGUCAGACGUGGGGGAAUGAGAGUGUCGGUCUGACUCUGGGAAUCAUCCGUUUGUUCAUGCUGGGGAAAAAUGAGGGAGAGCUAGGACUUUUACAACAAAGGAUAAUAGAAGCAGAGAGCAAAAGGCAUCAUGAUAUUAUUCAGCAGGACUUUGAGGAUUCCUACAAAAACUUGACAAUUAAGACAUUAAUGGGAAUGAACUGGGUGGCAAUGCACUGCCCACAGGCCAGCUAUGUCAUGAAGACGGACAGUGACAUGUUCGUCAACACAGAGUACCUAAUUUAUAAGCUUCUCAGGCCAGAACUAUUUCCCAGGAAGAGUUACUUCACAGGAAAUAACAUGAGAGGCUUUGCACCUAACCGAAAUAAAAACAGCAAAUGGUACAUGCCGCCAGAGCUGUACCCAAGCGAGAAGUACCCCACCUUCUGCUCUGGGACUGGUUACGUCUUCUCUGGAGACGUGGCGAUGAAGAUCUACCAAGCAUCGCUCAGUAUCCCUCACCUGCAUCUGGAGGAUGUGUAUGUGGGAAUAUGCCUAGCCAAGCUCCGGAUCGAGCCCACGCCACCGCCCAAUGAGUUCCUAUUCAACCACUGGCGAGUGUCUUACUCCAGCUGCAAGUACAGCCAUCUGAUAACAUCACAUGGGUUUCAUCCCAAUGAACUACUAAAAUACUGGCAUCACCUGCAGACCAACAAACACAAUGCCUGCAUCAACACAUUUAAAGAGAGAGGGGGCAGGAUGCACGCAGUCCAAAGGAAUGAACAAAACAAGCUCAAUAACUGACACUUUUUCACUCACACGCUCUUGUUAAGCCUGUUCACAAUGGACAAAACAAUUAAAGAACACACAAACAUCUGGGUUUUGUCUUUAGUGGGGAAGGUACAAUCUGCAUAUUACUCUGCCAUAGUCACUGGUAACUGUCUACUCCAGCUCUGAUUGGCAGUCAGGGGUGAACAUACACAUUUUUGCCUCUUUUCUGAUUAUAUCACAUUCGUCAUGGCCGUAUCCUUGGUAACUCCUGUACCCUCUCAGACACAAAUUCCACCGCAGCUCAAAACAGAGAGGCAAACUUGUCUCCUGGCAAUGAGAACGGAGUCAAUUAUCUUUGUAGUGGGUUUGGUAAAGUUUAAGAAACCUGCAUAACCAUGUUAAUUUUGAUAUAAAAAGGGGACUGGAUUGAAAUAACUAUCUCCUACGAAAGAUUUGUCCACACUUUUCAUAUGGGAGCGCUACAUAAAUGUGUAAGAACUGAUGUGUGCUCCAUUAUUGUCGCCAAUUAUGUACAAAGGAAGAACACAGUUUCUAUGUCUCGAGUCAAACCACUGGAGUGUUUAUGUCCCCAGCUCUAGUUUACAAAAGAAUAACCUGUGUUUGUAAUAAUGUAUGUGAUACUACAUGAUUUAUAUGUGCAGAUACAAGUUCAAAACUAGAAUCAACAAGGUACAGUGCCAAUAAACUUUUAAAACUUGCAUAUCAAAUAGUCAGGGGAGUCAUUUUAAAAGACUAUCAACAAUUAAGUAUCAGUAAUGUAAUAUGUAACACCACAGAUCCUCUUGUUGAUUAAGUAAGGUCUUGUUGGGACAUGACAAUGAAACCCUUCUAAAGACAAUCGACAGAAAAAUAUUUGCUGUCUGUGGUUUUUUGCUGAUUCGCUUUGAUAAGGUAAAAUGGAGUCGGAAAAAGUGUCUCUUUCUAGAUACUAGCUAAACGAAAAAUAUAAACAUGUGGUGUAGCUCUUAGGUAAAUCCUCAGCAAACAAGAAGCCCCAUUCUUACCGUCACUGACUUCAGGGUCAUGCCGUGGUAGGUGCCCAUGGUAUCGAUCUUGAAACCCUCAGUUUCUGAGAAAAAUACACACAAUGAGUAAAGACUGCUGGCAGAAAUUGUUUUUUAGUUUUUGUUGCAUGAAAAUAUUAUGCAAUGUUUGCAUCUUAAUUGUUACACUUAUUGUCCAACGCUUAAGGAAACUUUGCAAAUGCUCAAUAUUAUAUCAAUAAAGCUUUCACCGUUUGUCCUGAAGGGUAGAAUUCAGUUUACAAGUGUUAAAACAAUUGGGCAAAGUAUGCAAAGAGUUUAAACUGUGAUUUGACUGCAUUUGUUACAAAUGGGGAAAAGAGGUGAGAGUGUAAAAGCACCAGUAAACCACAGUAAAAUUCCUGAUAGUUAGUAUAGCUCUGUUGAACUUUAAAAAAGCUGCGUUUGAUUUCCACACUCAGGUAAAUGUCCGGCAUCAGCCAAAGUUAGAAACCGCUCCCCAGACACAGGGGAGCACGCGCAGCAUGCAGUUUAUGUACAUGCUUCCGGAAAUUUUCAGCCUUCAAAGACAGAUUGGGAAGUGUGGCUGUCCGUCUUUUGGUUUUGUAACAGAACUGAGGGAGGCCUAAUUGAAGAUUCAUGGCUCGUCUGCAAACAUGCACAGAGUAAACCUCUGUGAAUGGGGGCAACACUUUGAAUGCAAGACAAGUUAACACCUGAUGUGGGGGACUUUUUGAAUGGGUGAAAAUAUCAUGUUUUGUCUGUAUAACUUUCAAAUUGCUUUUCAAUGAUGUAAACUGACUGUUUCCUAAACAAUACAUUAUACUGUGCUGCUGUAGGCA